AAGUCCUAAACCCUAAAAGGAUACCAACCAUAAGAAAUGAAGCGAGCUCUCGUAAGAAAUGCCUCUCUCUUCGCUCGCAAUGUUCUUCUUUCGCAUCCCAGCUACAACCGAAAUCCUAGUGUCUCCAUCAACCCAAAUCCAUGUCCUCUCCUAGCCCCACUCGCGCCGUCGACUACUCGGCCCCGCCUCAGAUUCUACUCCUCCGAAAAUGACUCGUCCGGUGAAAACCCUACCCCUGCUCCCGAGACCAGCUUGGCAACAUCCCAGAACAAGGAUAGCUCCAUCGCAGUUGAGGACGUCAGCAACAAAGACCUGAAAACAAGGAUAGAGAAGUAUUUUAAAGGCGAUGAAGAGGCGCUCCCAUCAAUACUUGAAGCAAUCCUACAGAGGAAGUUGGCAGGGAAACAUGAGGACACUGAUGAUGAGCUGAUGGAAGAGCUCCGAAUGAAACCUCUCGAUGAUGUUAAGGACAAAGAAUUUGAAUCAGAUUUUGAGGAAAUGCAUGAAACGGAUGAAGAGAUUGAUGAUUUGUACAAUGCAAGGGAUAUAGUGAUGAAGAGAAUGGUUAAGGACGAGUUCUUCAACAUGGAUGACCAGAAGUGGGAGGGGCUUGUUAAGGAAGCAAUCGACCAUCAGAUCAUGAAGGACACAAAGGAGUGUGAGGAGAUUUUAGAGGAUAUGCUUAAAUGGGACAACCUUCUCCCAGAUGAGAUAAAGAAAAAGGUUGAAGAGAGGUUCAAUGAGCUAGGGGAUAUGUGCGAAAGAGGAGAGAUUGAGGCUGAAGAAGCUUAUGAUCUGUUUAAGAAGUUUGAGGAUGAGAUGGUCACAGAAUGUAAGAAUAUAAUGGAAGCCGAGGGCCCCCCCAAAUUUGAUGAGACUGAUGUGCCAGACAUGAAAAAGGACUUAGAUGACCCACCUGGUGAGGGGCCUAUCCUUAGGUGGCAGACACGGGUAGUCUUUGCUCCUGGUGGUGAUGCGUGGCACCCCAAAAACAGGAAAGUGAAAAUGUCUGUUACUGUGAAAGAGCUUGGCCUUUCAAAGCAUCAAUUCCGCCGACUCAGGGAACUGGUUGGAAAAAGAUACCAUCCGGGGAAAGAUGAGCUUACAAUCACUAGUGAGAGGUUUGAACAUCGAGAGGAGAACAGAAAGGAUUGCCUUAGGACUCUCUAUUCCCUCAUCGAAGAAUCUGGGAAAGCAAAGAAGCUGGUGGAGAAUGCCCGAACCUCAUAUGUCAAGGAGAGACUUAGAGCUAAUCCUGCAUUUAUGGAGAGGUUGCGUGCCAAGACCAUGAGAACACGAGAAUCUUACAUUGCGUCCUCUUGAAAAUUUGCUUGGAAAUUGGCUGGCUCAGGGAAUAAUAGAAUUACUGGUUUGAUCGUAUGAUUCCUUGAUAUUUGCUUUGUUUCACAUGAUUGAUGACUGCUCCACAAGUAUUUUAAUUGCAAUGGAGUUUGUUCUCAAAAGUUUUGAGGCAAAAUAA